AUGGAGAUGGCGGCGGCAGUGAGGAUGAGUGGCGCGGCAAAGGGUACGGAGGUGAUGGUGGCCACGGAGGCCAUGGCGGCCAUAGCGGCCAUAGCGGCCACAGCCACUGGAUGCUCGAAGGGAUGGAAUGCCUCCGGUGGAUAUGGUGGUGGGAAAAAGGGCCGCGGCGGCAGCAUGAAAGGCAAAGGAGGUGGUCGACGGCCUGUGCCGAUCCCACCGCAGCCUUGUGUGGAUCCCGCAGAAUGCCCUCCCGAAGAAGAGAUCGAGGAGGAGGAGGAACCCCCGGCAGUGGCACCAAAGUCUUCUCCCACGGGCCCACGACAUGCUGCUGCUGGCGGCUCGGACGCAACUGCACCUGCAGGAGCUGCAUCUUCAGGUGCUGCAGCUUUGGGCGCGAGCUCCAAAGCAAUGCAAGUGCAAACACGAGAUUGCCACGCAGCCCGUCACGACCGCCCCCUGCCCGAGCUGAAGAUCAUGUUGAACGAGAGGCUCCUGCUGAACCAGAGGCCGUCUGCAACUGAGGCCCCGGAAACUGGUAGCACCACCUCCCCCAGAUCGACUGAGUUGGAUCAUUUGCUGACGAUGGCAGCAGGCAUGCGCCCAGGAAGCCCUGAAGCCCAGACUGCAUACCAGUUUUUGCGCUACAUGCAAGCGCAUGGAAUAGGGGGCCCAGUGAGCCACAAGAACCUGAUGAGGAGCCUCGCCGCCGGAAGAAGAGAAGUGAUCGGGAUAGGCAUGGUGAAGCGCGCUGCCAAAUGCCGCCGCUCUGCGCUUGUGCCAGCAGCCGCUGCAGCUCGCAGCAUACCUUUGCAGCCGGCAUUCCAAGUAUGUGAGUUCUUUGCUGGAGAUGGAAAUGUUGGGAAAAGUGCCAAGUAUGGAAUGAUUGCGUGCGCACAGCUGGAUGUGGAGUACGGCAAGAAAACAACACGUGUGCACAAGCAGAAUGCUUUUGACUUGCUGCAACCCUCUGGCCUGGCGAAGCGGCACCGAGCAUGGAGCAACACGAAAGAGAUCCACGUCUUGGACCGUGGAAGUCUGCGGCGAGCCGCUCGGGGAAAGUGCAUGCUCAAAACCACGAAGAAGGUGCAAAAGGCAGGUGCAGCCCAGAUUAUCGACGAGAUGCCAGCUCCAUCUCUCAAUGACAUGGUCGUGGAUCAGAAACACGAUCUCCUGGGCGAAACCUCGAAUUUGACAGCAGCUGAACUGGAGCCCGAGGAGAGCAUCGCUGCUUCAUCUGCAGCUCCUGUAGCGACUCCUGUUCGCAGUGAUGCUCUGCGUCCACCAGUCAUGCCUCCUGCGAUGCUGGCACCCAAGGUGUCAGCUACAGCAACUGUGGAAGAGAUAGACAUUUCUGACUCAGAGUCUGAAAGCAACGUGCCCCGAGCUGGAGACGCAGAGGAUCAAACCGCCCUGCUCCAUGCAAAGACUUUGCGUCUGGAUGAUGUUCGUGCCCCUACUGUGGAGAUUGAGAAGGUCAAAGCACCUGUUGAUCAAGCUCAGGAAUGGAAGGAGAAGUAUGAGGAACUGCAAAAGAAAUUGGAAUUACUUGAGCUGGAGAGGAAGAGCGUACCGAAGAGCACACCGCCAGCUACUCCCACGCAAAAAGCAGUGUUUUCACCAAGUCCGAGCCCAGCAUCCACAGGAUCUGCUGGAUCAGGUGCUAAAGGAUUGCCUUUGCCAGCUGUGAAGGCACAUGUGAGCCUGCAGCCACCUCCUCCCAAACAGGCAAGUGCAGCCCCAGCAGCACCCGAAAGUCAGAUCAAAGAAGGGGAAGAAGAAUUGGCACAGCAAAUGGAUCUCAGUGACGAGGAGAGAUGCAGGGACACGUUGACUCUGGCCCUGGUGCGCAGCAUGAAGUCCUGUGGUUGCGACAGUUCGCACCGCACACGACAAUUGGUGAGGGCCGAAUUUCAGAGGCAAGUUCUUCACAUCAAAGAGCAGCAGAGGAUGAAGGAGGAGGAGGUAGAGGGAGGAUGGUACACAGAGGAGAAGAUGCAGAAAGAACUGUCUUACUCCACGGCCUUCAAAUAUGAUCCGAACAUCACUGAGUAUUUCGUGGAAACUGCGGAUACUGUGAAGGUGAAAAGGCAUGAGCUCGAACGCUGGCUCUCGGCGGAAGAGGCGGCACCAAAGGACAUGCCACAGAAGCCCAUGGAUCACUUGGCUUUGACUGAUGCCUGUGGAGUUGAAGCUGAUGAGAAGGGAAAGAGAGGUGCAAUCCAGGCAAAUGGCAAACCUGACGUCAAGGAGAACCUCAAGCAGUUCACAGAAUCGGUGCACCAAAAGGCAGCUCAAGUGGUGCAAUGGUUGGGGCAAAUCGAUGAAAGUGCGAAUGAAAGGUUUUGCAUGGACAUGAAGAAUGUUCUCGCUGCCUUUGAAGGGGCAUUUCUAAAACUUGCGGAGGCCCAGCAUCGCUUGGAAGAGACGAUGACUGAGCCCACGGAUCAGCUUCUUGGCAGCCACAUGCAAGAUCCGAUUUCAAAAGGGGUUCGAAUUAAUUCCCAAUUUUAA